AUGAACGUAAGUCUUUCAACUGAACUAAACAGCAAUAACAAUCUCCUAUUUUUGCAGGCUGAUAAAAAUUAUCAAAGUGAAGAUUCAGAUCGCGCUGGAUCAACCCCCGCGGCUCAAGAACAGCCAAAAAUCCGGAAGAACGUCAAAUUUUUCCUGGUGCACCGCAAUAUUCGUCUCAACCAAAUGAAGAAAUUGAUGAAUUUGAUUGAGGUUAGUUUUUUUGGUUCGAAAAUUAUAAAAAAAAUGAUAAAGAAGUAAUUUUUGAACUUAUCUAGCCAGAAAUUUUGGAAAUUUACUUUUUUAAAACAAUUGAAAAAAGUAUGAUUAAAAUUUUUAAAAUCUGAAAAAUCAGAUUCUGGAUCGUCUUCAUGAGUUACUGGAAACAUCAAAUGCGUCAGAAAAAGUUCCGAUUAACUCUGCUCAACUAAACAAUAAUUUGUCAAUUGGAAUAGAUUCAUCUGAAACUGAAAAUGUUGUGAAAUCUGGAAACGGAGAACCUUUGAAUGAUUUGAUGGAACAUGAUCAAUAUAUCGAUGGUGUUGUUUCCGAAUCAGAAAAUGCUGGAAAUCUGACUGAAGUUAGCUUUGAUGCAAAUGAAAUUGAAACAAAUGAACACAUUGUUGAGAAUGAGCAGAAAUUGAGCGAAAAAUUGGAAGAUGUCAAAGUUGUUACGGAAUCAUGGAUUGCUGAAAAUCCGACUGAAGUUAGUUUUUUUUGGGCUCAAAAUUGGAAAACAUCUGAUCAAGAAACAUUUUUUGAACUUAUUAGUAACAAUUUCAGGCUAGAUAUUUUUGAGAAUUCAUUUUUGUGAAAUUUUGAGAUAUCUUCGAAAAUUUUCGCCAAUUGUUUUCUGUAGGAUUUCUAGAAACAAAAAAAAUCUUACCAUAUCCAAAAUGAUCCAAUAUUUCGUUUCAGACACUUGACAAUGAACAUCAAAAUCGACCAGUUCUGAAUAAUGAAACUCCAGAAGCCACCCAACGAAAUAAUAACUUUGGAUACACUCUAGUAGAAGCUCAAGACUUUUUGGGUCGUCUUCAUAAUUUACUUAGAACUUCAGUUUGUUUUAGAGACGGUUUAUUGAAUUCGUGUGAUGUAAUUAAUAUAAUUUGA